UGGUGAGAACCCAUCAUCGUCAGAGCGUUGGCCAUCAUUACUGAGACUGAGAGAGGAGACGAGAAGAGUUUGAGAAGAUGAAGGCAACGGCCAUUGUUGCAGUGGUUUCAAUGGUGGUCUUGGUGUUGGGCUACGAAGCGGAGGUGGGCAUGGCGGUGACAUGCAACCCAGUGGAGCUGAGCCCCUGCGUGAACGCCAUGACGUCCCCUGCGCCCCCGACGCAGCUCUGCUGCACCAAGGUCAAGCUGCAAAAGUCCUGCCUUUGCCAGUACGUCAAGAACCCUACUCUCAGGAAGUUCGUCAACUCUCCCAAUAGCAAGAAAGUGUCCAAGAUCUGUAGGGUUCCCUUCCCCAGGUGUUAGAUACAUGCCCAUGUAUCUAUAUCUAUAUAUCACCAUCUCUCUCUCUCUCUCUCUCUCAUAUAUAUCUAGUUGUGCAAAAUAAUAUAUAUUAUUCAGCCUGUAACCCUAAAUCUGGUGUUCUGUUCUGUUCUGUACCAGCGAUUGUGCUAUUUAUAAUGGAGGAGAUGAUGAAAUCGGUGUCAUGUUUCUCUCAAAAUUUCUUGACCUUUGUAAGAACAGAUCGGGCCAGUUACUCUCUCGAUGUUACUAUGAAAUUGCUAAAGAAGUUGCCAGAUUUAUUGUUCCCAGACCCUCAAAUGGUAUAUGAAAUUGAGACAGCCGAAGCCUUAUUGCAAACAGAUCGAAACAGAGAGCUUUCAACUAUUAUAUUAUGUCAUAUAUACAUGAACAAUUAUGUACUGAAUUGGGGGGUAACCAAUUGGGUAUUGAAUUGGGGUUAUAGAUGAGUGAAGUA